UCUGCCAUUCUCCCUUCUGCCGCAGUUUCCAUUGUUGCUGUUUUGUGGCCGGUGUGUUUGCUAGUUUACAUUUUUGGUUCUUGGUUGUUUCCUUCACGUCAAGCAUCCUUCCUAAAAUUUCUCGAAUUUUACGCGGUGCGUUUUGUCGACUAACAAUCGAGAUAAUUGAGAGAAAACGCAGGAGACUCGUUGGUGGUGGUUGUCGGCGGCGGCGGGGAAGAUGGAAAAUCUGGAGGAGGUGUUGCAGGCUCUCGACGAGUUCCAGAAAAUGCGACCGUCGGUGAUCCCGCAGGAGCUCGAGGAUUAUCUAUGCUGGGUCGCCAAGACCGGCGAUCCCGUGUAUCAGUGGCCGCUAAUCAAGACCCUUGUCAGAGAGAAGCUCACCCGGGUGAUGACGGACUUUUAUGAAAGCUGCCCCACUCUGGAACUCGCGCCCUGUCCCAAUGUGGAACAUUUCAAUUAUGACACCAUGAAGAGCAAUCUACUCGAGAGGCUCGAAUCAUUCGCGAAUGCACCGUUUACUGUCCAACGGAUAUGCGAACUGUUGACGGCACCGCGCAAAGAGUACAAUCGCGUGGAUAAGUUCAUGCGCGCUAUUGAGAAGAACAUCCUGGUAGUGUCGACGCGUGAGCCAGGUCCCAUAGGUAGACGUGGUGAAACGGGUGACGGUAUGGUGAACGGAUCUGUUGAAGAGGAUACAGCCUCAGUUACGCAGCAGCAACAGCAGCAGCAACCACCACCACCGUCACCAUCGCCACCUUUGCAAUCUUCUUCGCAGCCAUCUCAGACGACUCAGCCAGCGGCACAGUCGGCACAGCCAACUUCGCAGGAUGUUGAGAUGGAAUACUGGGAGAAAGACUGCGGCUCUACUGUUACCAUUAGCGUGCAUACCGUCGAGAAUGAACCAUCACUUCUUCAUGGUGGUGUUAUACCAACCACGGAGUCACCACUGGCUAAGAAUCUGUUUACUGUGGACGAGACCUCGCGAGAGAAGCUGGAACAGACUGGUUCCAGAACAGAAAUUGCAUCUAAUUAUAUCACUGCGGACUCAGAUUUUUCUACCAUAUCGAAUUUGAAUCUGCAUUCACAUGAACCAGUGCCAGAGACUGUGGCAACUGCCGUCUCAGUGGUACAAAGCCUACCAGCUGUCGGAGCAGUUUCUGAUGACUCGACUGUUCCUGGUACCGAUAUAGCAGUGGCGAUCAUGAAUGAGGACACCAAUUCCCAACCCAGUCUAGACAUGGAAAAUGAGGAAACUGAAGUAAUGACCACAAGUACCACGACAACGACCACGGCAUCGACGACGACGACAACAGCAGUUGUAGCAGCAAUAGCUACAAUGACAACGGUAACAACAAUGGCAACAUCGACGUCAACGUCAACAUCAACAUCAACAUCGACAUCAACGUCAACAUUAACGUCAACGUCAACGGCGGCGACAACGACGGUAACCGUAGUAGCAACAGUGAUACCUCUGACAACGGAUACUACGCGGAAGUUGCAAGCUGCGUUUCAAGCGAAACGCUUCGAAUCUGACGACAACAAGAGCAUGGACAAGCCCGACGAAAAGGCGACAGAUCCGUCGACGUUGAGCGGCGUGGAGGAGGAGCUCGAACAACCUACGAAGAGCGAAAAGACAACUUUGACGAAAUCGAGUCUCGAGCAUGCGGAUCCGAACGAGAUGUCUCGUAAUGAAAAUAGAUUAACUGAUAAUUUGUUACAGACGGACGUCGAGAUGAGAUCUGAUGCUUUGGCGGAUGAUACUGGUGGUGUCACCGAGGAGAACACUCCCGAUAAAUCGGAAGAAGAAGGAACGUCGAUUCUCGAGGAUAUAAAUGAAGAAAGUGUGCGUUUCACGAAUGGUGAGAACAUGGCAAAUGCGAUGGUAUUUACUGAAUCACAGUCCGUAGAAAAAGACAACACAGUUUCCGACGAAUGCGUGAGCGCGGUUAUCGUAUCCAGUAGCGAGACAUUAUACAAGACAGAAAAACCCGAGAUACACUCGAAAGAGGCGUCUGCAACAGUAUCUUCCACGGAAUGUUUCAAUCCACGAGAUCAACCCAUGAACCAAAAAACUGAGAAUAUGGAAGCGGCGGACACAGUAGAAGUUAUUCCUAGUAUAGUAUCUUCCGAUAGCAACAUUAAUGAGGAAGACGUGCAGGGACCCGAGUUCAAUACCGAUAACUUAAACAUUAUGGAAAUUUCUAACGAUAAAAUGGCUCUUGUUGAGUCUAUGGCAUCAGACCCGACAAAUAUCAUAGAAAAACCGAAAGAAGCGUCUGUAAUUGAAAAACUCGAGGCUGUUUCACCUACCGUGGAAAUGACAGAGAGUUCUGAUGAUGUCAGUUGUCGAUCCCCAAAGGACGAUAAAUUAACAGAUGUUCAAGAUGACAGUUUAGUUAAUUCACAAGGCAAUAAAGUAACGACAUGCAUAAAAGGGAACCAAUCUUCUGUAAUAGAGAGUAUAUCGUGUAGAAGGGAGUCGAUGGAGUUAAUGGAAGUCGACGACGAGGAAUCGACGUUCCAACAAGAUGAACCUAUGGAGCAGGAAACGAUGGAGGAGUUGUCGAAAAGUUAAUCUUAACUUAUCUGAUCAGUUGCAUGGUUCUCCUUCCUUUUGUUUAACGUUUGAUAUCUAUUUUUAAAGAUAGAUGUCAUAAUAUGAACCACGUAAAUAUCUUUGCGUAUAAACAAGAUGCUUGUGACAUGCUUGUGAGAUGCUUGUGACGCGAUAUACAUAUAAUUUCCAUAAUCAGUAAUUACGGAUCAGAAGAUUGAAAUUGCGAGCGAAUGUUAGGUAGCACUCAGCGAAAUUCUUGACAUUGUAACUUAAAUAUUAAUUGCUGCUUUAUUUAUUUUGGAUUUAUCGUUAGACUGAAUAUGAAAGCUCUGAUAUUUACUUAUAAAGAGAAAUGAAUUUUCUAUAAUUCUUGGAGAAAAAAAGAACACUGCCUACUCCUAUAAAGAUUGUAAUACUGUGAAACACCGCUUGUAUAGAAAUCAGAUUUGGUAAACAUUUCAAUACGGAUUUAUAUAAAUACCAGAUGUCUGCUUAGAAUAAGGUUGUGCCUAUAACUAUUGUGUACAUUGCGUAUUGGACAAGUAUACCUAAUGAAUAAAUUUUUAAAUAACUAUAUAUAAGUACAGUGCAGGUUUAUGCAUCUCACAAUCAAUAUAAAUGAGACUAUUUCAUUCAUAAUCACAGCCUUAUACUAAGUUUUGAUUGAAUCUCGAAAUAUAUGAUGACAAAGGAACCAGUUCAUUCCUCGAAUGUGUUCGAGACCGGUCACAAUAUGUACCUUACGUAACUUUUUACAGUAUGACAGCGUUUGAAGGUAUCAAGACAAUAUUGUUUCUAAUUAUCGAUUAAAACUGAAAAAAACUGAUCCGAAAUCGAAAUUUUGAAUAUAUCAUAAUUAGUAUAAUUAAUUUAAAGCUUGUCUUGUAUAAUUUCUGUUAUAUUGGUAGGCAAGUAUUGGUAGGUAAAGUAUUUUCUUUCUUUUUUUCUUUUACAAAUGUUUGUUACAUACGAAAUAAAAGAGAAAAAGACUCUCUAGUAGAACAAGCUAUAUUCUGUGAACUUAUGACCAGUUCUUUGUGAUCACACAUAUAGCAUUCUGGUUCCUUCCGUUUCCUAUGUUUUCGACAAAGAAUAUGAUUGAAGAUGGAUUUAUAUAAUUACACAUCAUAAAUUUAAACGGAAAUCUUAAAACGGCCCAUAUUACAAAUUGAUAAAAUUGAUCUUAUUAAAAUCGAUCCACAAAUUAAGACCCGCAAUGUCGAACCGCUUACUGUUAUAUGUAUUUGCACAAAAUGUUUUCAGGCGGAUUCGAUAUGGUUCUACUAAAACGUUAUUAGAAUAUCGUAGGAAUGGGAUAUUAAUUUAAGAAUUAAUAUAGAUUACACAUAAUAUACGAAUGUGGAUAUCUAAAAAAAAAAAAAA